UGUAAAUCAUCGAAUGUCAUUCUAAAUGAUGCAGAUCUGGGUAGAACCAGAGCUAUAUACAGUAGCCUAUGGGUCUGUCUAUGGGUACAACCAAUUCAUUUUAUGUGCUUAAAUUCUACUAAGUUGGCGAUAAGAGCCCAACAAUUAUGUUUGGUUCAAAAUCAUAUCAUUUAAUUACUGUGAAGGCUAUUCCACUAAUGAGCAAUAUUGAUAGAAUAUAUGUUUUAUUAUAGCCUACGGUCUUACAAGUCCUCAGCGUUUGUUCCCAACCCUAUAUUCAACCGACUAACUGUUCUCACACACACACACACACACACACACACACACACACACACACACAGAAAUGCGGUCUCCUGGCUUUGUUCAUUCUCAUCCAACAUCCCUGCCUCCUCAUUGGUGCUGAGAGGAUGCGGUGACUUCUGAUUGGGUGAAGGUUUUUCCUCUGGUUUUAGCACUUGUUGAGUCACCCCCACCCCUCUCAAAACAUAUAAUUGGUCAAGCCGCUCUAUGCGUCCAGUUGUUUUUACAGUCAGUAACAUACUGACUAAAACGACAGCCUGUUGUAGACUAUUUGUAGCGAGAGUGAUGUAAGGAGUCUCAAACAAAUCGACGUUAUCUGAAUCUGUCUGAAGCUCAGAUAUCCCAAAGCGCAGAAUCCAAAUAAAGACGCGUUGUUUACGCACAGAGGACAAAAAUUAUAACAAAUAUCCGUUAAGAAGUAGCGAAGAUGGUGUCCGCUGGACUGGAGAUCCUUGGGCUGGGGCUGUGCGUCAUUGGCUCGCUCCUGGUGAUGGUCGUGUGCGGGCUGCCCAUGUGGAAGGUGACGGCGUUCAUCGAGGCUAACAUUGUGGUGGCUCAGACCAUCUGGGAUGGGCUCUGGAUGUCCUGUGUGGUGCAGAGCACGGGCCAGAUGCAGUGCAAGGUGCACGACUCGGUCCUUGCGCUCGGCCACGACCUGCAGGCGGCGCGAGCCCUCACCGUCAUCUCGUGUGUGUUUGGCGUGCUGGGGCUGAUGGUGGUGAUCGCCGGGGCGCAGUGCACCAACUGCAUUAGCGUCGAGAACGUCAAAACCCGGGUGGUGAACGCCGGAGGUGUCAUCUACAUAACCAGUGGGUUGUUUGUAUUAGUUCCUCUCUGCUGGAUGGCCAACAACAUCAUCUCUGACUUCUACAACCCACAGGUGCCCGCGUCCAAAAAGAGGGAGAUCGGGGCCGCGCUCUACAUCGGUUGGGCGGCCACUGCGCUCCUGCUGAUCGGGGGCGCGCUGCUCUGCUGCUCUUGUCCUUCUAACGGGAAUUCGGGCUAUUCGGCCAAAUAUGCCCCGACCAAACGGGCCACACCGAACGGGACCGGGGACUAUGACAAAAGGAAUUACGUGUAGCCCUGCUUCUCACCCUCGGGAUGGGGUAGCUAGGCUGUGCGUAAAUGUGCUGUGGUCUUUUCAAAAACUAUUUUUUUAAACGUAUUUUUUGCACCUGCAGUUUACUCUGAACUUUGAAAUCAAUGAAAGCAUCAUUUUGUUACACUGACUAUAAAGUAAACACAAUAUUGGAGAACAUAUUCAUUCAUAAUUUUUGCAAACAGCAGAAAAUAAACUUUUUGGAGACUAUGCAUAUACGUCUGGAUAUAAAGUGAUAGCCAGUGACAAAAAUGAGCGUCUUUGUUUUAGGUACCUGUAUUUUGAAAUGUCCUAGGCUAUAUUAUAUAUGAUCGCUCAUAAUCCUUUGCAUUUUGAAAUGUUUACCAUUGUGAAGUUUUUUUUCUAAAGGAAGUUUAUACGACUGAAUAUAUUCACAGUUUUUUUACUUCAGUGUAGGCUACAGUUACUGUGAUUUCGGAGUGGUUGCACUCCAAACCACCUAAAAGGUUUUUGGACAAUGGAUUUUGCUGCAUGGGACUGUGGGAAGAGCUAAAAUAAGACUCAGGCAUCCUUAUAUUUGUCUAUUUUUUACAACAGCGGAACAUAAUCUAUUUUACAAAAAUUAGGACCAUAGAUUUAGAUGCCAAAUAUAGGAUGUCCAGUCCACUUAAUCUAUUUUCAGAUAAAACAUUUAAAAGUUUGCAAACGUUUGUUUUAUAUCUGUAUGUAGACACUAUGCUGGAUGUGUUUCUUGUCAUUGAUUUGUAGGAAUACACUGUUGUUUUACAGACUGGUUUUGUUGAUGUUUGAUAUAAAGAUCCAUUAUAUAUUUCAUGCAAUAUUAUUUCCAAUGUUACACUGAGAUUAAACUGAUAUCGUCUCAAACGUA